UCGGGAACCGGUUCUCCGAGUCCGAGCUGGCGGCGCGCUGUGGGCUGUGCGGGAGCGAGGGUAGAAGAGGGAGAUAGGGAGCCCGACUCUUGGGAAGGGCAGGCUUGUCUCUGGGAUGGGGAGGAGCCGGUGCACGGAUCCUGCUGUGCGUCUGUGCAGGGCGCGCCCAGUAGUUUGGGAUUUGCAAGAAAAUGCAAUCAAACAACAUGGGCAAAGUGCGAUGCGUUUAUCCUAAGGCAAGAACACGCUUAGAAUGCACGCCCAGAGCCAGUUCUCCCCAAGGGAUGGCAACGCACCUGUGUGCCGGGCUCCGCGCAAGGGCUUUCCCUGUUUAUUCUCCCGCUGCCGCUAACAACCUUGUGGGGCGGGCAUGGUUGGAUCCCCAAUUUAAAAGUGGGGAAACUGAGGACAGAUUAACCUGUCUGCACGUAACACAGCUGAAAAGUGGUGGAACUGCUAUUUCUUUCAGGUUUGCCUGAUUCUAGAGCUCAAUGCUGCCCAUCAGGUGUUUGAAGUCAUGAUUUGGUGAAAAUGGGACAGUGAAGACGUUCUGAAAAAAAAAAAGGCAUAUCAUGAGGUUUGGACAUUGAGAGGUAUAGGCUGGCUGUAGGAGUCGGAUCCCUGCAUGUCACUGAGUCCACCAUGCUUUACAGAAGAAGACAGAUUUAGUCUGGAAGCUCUUCAGACAAUACAUAAACAAAUGGAUGAUGACAAAGAUGGUGGAAUUGAAGUAGAGGAAAGUGAUGAAUUCAUCAGAGAAGAUAUGAAAUAUAAAGAUGCUACUAAUAAACACAGCCAUCUGCACAGAGAAGAUAAACAUAUAACGAUUGAGGAUUUAUGGAAACGAUGGAAAACAUCAGAAGUUCAUAAUUGGACCCUUGAAGACACUCUUCAGUGGUUGAUAGAGUUUGUUGAACUACCCCAAUAUGAGAAGAAUUUUAGAGACAACAAUGUCAAAGGAACGACACUUCCCAGGAUAGCAGUGCACGAACCUUCAUUUAUGAUCUCCCAGUUGAAAAUCAGUGACCGGAGUCACAGACAAAAACUUCAGCUCAAGGCAUUGGAUGUGGUUUUGUUUGGACCUCUAACACGCCCACCUCAUAACUGGAUGAAAGAUUUUAUCCUCACAGUUUCUAUAGUAAUUGGUGUUGGAGGGUGCUGGUUUGCUUAUACGCAGAAUAAGACAUCAAAAGAACAUGUUGCAAAAAUGAUGAAAGAUUUAGAGAGCUUACAAACUGCAGAGCAAAGUCUAAUGGACUUACAAGAGAGGCUUGAAAAGGCACAGGAAGAAAACAGAAAUGUUGCUGUAGAAAAGCAAAAUUUAGAGCGCAAAAUGAUGGAUGAAAUCAAUUAUGCAAAGGAGGAGGCUUGUCGGCUGAGAGAGCUAAGGGAGGGAGCUGAAUGUGAAUUGAGUAGACGUCAGUAUGCAGAACAGGAAUUGGAACAGGUUCGCAUGGCUCUGAAAAAGGCUGAAAAAGAAUUUGAACUGAGAAGCAGUUGGUCUGUUCCAGAUGCACUUCAGAAAUGGCUUCAGUUAACACAUGAAGUAGAAGUGCAGUACUACAAUAUUAAAAGACAAAACGCUGAAAUGCAGCUAGCUGUUGCUAAAGAUGAGGUUGCUGCUUCAUAUCUGAUUCAGGCAGAAAAAAUUAAAAAGAAGAGAAGCACAGUCUUUGGGACUCUGCACGUUGCACACAGCUCCUCCCUAGAUGAAGUAGACCACAAAAUUCUGGAAGCAAAGAAAGCUCUCUCUGAGUUGACAACUUGUUUACGAGAACGACUUUUUCGCUGGCAACAAAUUGAGAAGAUCUGUGGCUUUCAGAUAGCCCAUAACUCAGGACUCCCCAGCCUGACCUCUUCCCUUUAUUCUGAUCACAGCUGGGUGGUGAUGCCCAGAGUCUCCAUUCCACCCUAUCCAAUUGCUGGAGGAGUUGAUGACUUAGAUGAAGACACACCCCCAAUAGUGUCACAAUUUCCCGGGACCAUGGCUAAACCUCCUGGAUCAUUAGCCAGAAGCAGCAGCCUGUGCCGUUCGCGCCGCAGCAUUGUGCCGUCCUCGCCUCAGCCUCAGCGAGCUCAGCUUGCUCCACACGCCCCCCACCCGUCACACCCUCGGCACCCUCACCACCCCCAGCACACACCACACUCCUUGCCUUCCCCUGAUCCAGAUAUCCUCUCAGUGUCAAGUUGCCCUGCGCUUUAUCGAAAUGAAGAGGAGGAAGAGGCCAUUUACUUCUCUGCUGAAAAGCAAUGGGAAGUGCCAGACACAGCUUCAGAAUGUGAUUCCUUAAAUUCUUCCAUUGGAAGGAAACAGUCUCCUCCUUUAAGCCUCGAGAUAUACCAAACAUUAUCUCCGCGAAAGAUAUCAAGAGAUGAGGUGUCCCUAGAGGAUUCCUCCCGAGGGGAUUCUCCUGUAACUGUGGAUGUGUCUUGGGGUUCUCCCGACUGUGUAGGUCUGACAGAAACUAAGAGUAUGAUCUUCAGUCCUGCAAGCAAAGUGUACAAUGGCAUUUUGGAGAAAUCCUGUAGCAUGAACCAGCUUUCCAGUGGCAUCCCGGUGCCUAAACCUCGCCACACAUCAUGUUCCUCAGCUGGCAAUGACAGUAAACCAGUUCAGGAAGCCCCAGGUGUUGCCAGAAUAAGCAGCAUCCCACAUGACCUUUGUCAUAAUGGAGAGAAAAGCAAAAAGCCAUCAAAAAUCAAAAGCCUUUUUAAGAAGAAAUCUAAGUGAACUGGCUGACUUGAUGGAAUCCUGUUCAAGUGGCAUCUGUAAACUAUUAUCCCCCACCCUCCACUCCCCUCCUUUUUUUUGGUUUGUUUUAAUUUUAGGAAUGUAACUCCAUUGGGGCUUUCCAGGCCGGAUGCCAUAGUGGAACAUCCAGAAGGGCAGCUGUCUACUGUCUGCUUAUUUAAGUGACUAUAUAUAAUCAAUUCAUCAAGCCAGUUAUUACUGAAAAAUCAUUGAAAUGAGACAGUUUACAGUCAUUUCUGCCUAUUUAUUUCUGCUUUGUUCUUAGUGAUGUAUAUGCAACAUUUUGUUGAAAGCCACUGUGGACUUACAAGCUUUAAUGGACUCGUAAGCCAGCAUGGGCUUGCAAAAAUUUCUUGUUUACCAGAGCAUCUUCUUAUCUUUCCACAGAGCUAUUUACAUCCUGGACUAAAUAACUUAAAAGAAGUAAAACUAAUUGCACUACUGUUUUCCAGACUGGAAAAAAAAAAAUCUCUGCAAGUGAAACUAUAGAGUUUAUAAAAUGACUAUGGAUAGGGGACUGUUUUCACUUUUAGAUCAAAAUGGGUUUUUAAGUAGAACCUAGGGUUUCUAAUUGACUUGAUUUCUGGAAAUGAAAACCCACGCUUUUAUUAUGGGAAGCUUCUUUAACUGCAUUUACUAUUGUGAAGUUUCAAGUCCCGCUGUAAAGAUCAUGUUGUUUUGUUUUCCCCAGGGCUUUCACUGUGAUUUACUGCAUUGCAGGCUGUAUGAUAAAAUAUACAUAAUUUAAAGAGAGAAGGCUCUUGAUUCCUUAUGCAAGUGGAAGAGUUGAAACUUGAUUGAAGGACUUACAACAUUCACAACCUUAAGCUGAGGUGGGGGGAUAUGGGGAUUCAGGCAAUUGUUUACACACUUUGAAUAACUGCAAAGGAUUUAUGGUUUGUGAAAAAUGUGUACUGUGGAAAAGAUAAUAAAUUGGAGACAUUAUUGUGUGGGAUUGUGCUGAUUUUUGUUGAUAACACUCCACAAAAAACACUAUGUUUUCUGGAGAGCUGUGUAAGCUGUCUUGUUGCUUAGUUGCAAUAUAAGAAAUAGUGAUGUUUUGGAUGUAAGUUGUCAACAAAUUUCUAUUUUAUAUUGUUUGUCAUAUUUUUAUGUAGUUUGAAAUGUAUAAAUGUUCUAAUAUCAAGAUUAACAAAUAUAAAUUUAUGGUGCAUUUA